AUGGCUGGGGACGGGGGCGUGUCGGUGCUGCUGAACCGGCGCAGCUCGCAGCUGCAGCUGAGCGCCCCGCUGGGCGGCCUGCCGGAGCUGCGCUGCGGGCUGUCGGUGGGCGGCAGGUGCUCGUGUAGAGACGUAGCACCGCCCUGUGCUGCAGACUGGCUGCUGGCGGCCGGUGACGUGGUGCAGGCGCUGUCGGCGCUCCCGCUGUCGCGCGUGGGCGGCGGCACGCGGCCGCAGUGGGUGGGCGGCAUGGCGCUGCUGCAGGCCGUGGCGUGCGCGCUGCUCGCCCUGCCACACACCACGCACUGGGCGGCUGCCGGCGGCGACCAGCCGGCCAACGCCACGCGCUCGCUCGUCGAGACGCAACUCCUCAUGGCGGACGGGGUGAACGCGACUCUGUGCGGCCAGACCCCUGCAGUGGCGGUGGAGCACCCGUGCUACAUUACGGUGACGCUGCUGGCGAUCCUGCAGCUGUCCCGCGGACUGGGAGGGGCGUCCAGUUUGGUGCACGGGCUCGUCUACCUCGACGACAACGUCGUCUCGGAGGCGGCGCCUGCACUCAUAGGAGCGGUGCUGGCCGUGCAGCAGCUGGGCUUCCGCCUCGGCCACGCCCUGGCCUACCUCACUACAGGCGGCGCCGAAGACCCCAUCAACGGCUGGUGGAUUGGCUGGACGGUGCUGUCCGUGCUGCUGUGUGUGUGCGGCCUACUGCUCGUGAUGUUCCCGGCGCGGCUGCCCGCGGCCGCCGUGCGCGACCGGGUGGACCACAUCCUGAGCGAGGCCACCGCCGCUGCGCGGACGGCUCCACCGGACGGCGCACGCGUGCAGAUCUCCAACAAGCGCUACGUCAUCAGGGAGCCACCGGACACUUCUUUCUGUCCGUCCCUGGGUCGUGUAUUUAGUAAUGCGGUGGCGCUCUGCAAGAUGUUAGCCAUUCUGUUUGCUGUCGCUGCGUUUCUCAACAUGGAGGCUUUCCGGGACAAGUAUCUGGAGUCCAUUUACCACAUUCCGUUGCCCAAAGACUUGUUGCAGGACCCCUGGCUAUCAAGGAUCACGACAAGCCUGCUGGAGCCGGUGGUGUGCGCGCUGGUGGUGUCGUGCGCGGGCCUGGUGGUGUCAUGGCGGCAGCCGGGCGCGCGCUGCCUGUCGGGCUGGGUGUGCGCGGCUCUGACCGGCUGCGCACUGCUGUCGCUGUCGCAGCUGUGGCUGGGCUGCCACCAGCUGUCGGUGAGCGGCGAGCGCGAUGGCGCCCCGGCAGAGUUCCUGCAGCCCUGCAACUCCGCCUGCCGCUGCUCCAGGGACGCAGACUUCGCGCCCGUCUGCAGCGUCACCACCCGCCACACCUACUACUCUGCCUGCCUCGCCGGCUGCACCGAGAUCGGCGCGUACACUGGUUUCCUGAAGAGCUGCUCGUGCAUAUCCGGCGGCGGCUUCGCGCAGCUGGGCUCCUGCGACUACGAACAGUGUUCGUCUCGCUGGGUGGUGCUGCAAGUGCUGUGGGUGCUCGCCGCCGUGCUGCGAAGCACCACCUACGUCGCCAGUGUCCUCAUGGUGCUCAGAUGCCUUGAACCGGAGGACAAGGCCAUCGGCCUGGGAAGUCUCAACACUGUGGUGGGCCUCCUAGCGCUGCUACCCAUCUCCUUUGGUUUCAGAGCGUUAGUUGAUUCUCACUGUGAAUUCUGGGACGAAGGAGAAUACUCGUGUAAGCUGUACCACUCGAGAGGACUGGAGCUCAGCGUGACGUUCUUCGUCUUUGUGCUGCUGCUGUGUUCCUCGGUGAUGGACGCAGUGGUGUGCGUGCUGGCGCGACGCGUACGGAUCUACCCGGACAUGGAGGCGGAGGAGACCGAGUCUGGCAGGGGCGGCGGAGGCAGCGAGCUGAGCGCCAGCCAGCGCCAGAAGCUGCUGCGGCGGCGCGCCACGCCCCUGCCCAGGCGGCGCCGCGACGCCCCGGAGGUGCAGCUGCGGCGCCGCGCCGCCACCGGCGCCGAAGACGAGGACGACGACGACGGCGACGACGACGACGACGACGACGACGAGGUGCAGGAGCUGCGCGCCGUGCAGAGCCUGAUGGCGCGAGGCAACGGCCAGCCGGGGCUCGCCACCACCGCCUUCUAGCAAGCCAUCCGUAGCGGUCCGACUGUGGAAGGUCGCCGCUGUCCAAGAACUAGCGAGAUACCGAAGAGGUGGCUCCGAGUGUUGGAGGUCCUCAGAGGGGAAGAGACUCAUCGUACGUCGUGCUAUUUGAGUCCAUCGUGUUCUCAAGUGUCAACUUCCCAUUACUGUGUUGUUAUUUCUCUGAGGAGUACUCAUAAAGUUUUAAUUACCACCUUGAAAAAUUAAAAAUACGUAGUUACUGUUUUGUUUGUAUGCAGGCAGAUGUCGCCAGUGUUGGUCCAGACUGAAAUACUUCCGCCACAGUACCGUAGCACGCCACUAGAGGAGCCCAAAGAAAAUGGCUCAGGCGUGUAGUGGCGGUGGCUCCUCUAGCGGAGUUCUGCUGCACUGUGUGACGCAUGGAUUUCAAUCUGGACCGUUACCGGACAUGUACCCGCACAUAAACAAAACGUUAAUUACGUAAGUUUCAACACUCCCAGUGCGUUAGCAAGACCAGUCACAGAACCUAUUGGUGACUCGGCGUGGUUGCUAGUGGGGACACGUACGUCUGUCGCAUCUCGCUGUAGGUACCUGAAAUACUGUGUCCUGUGUCUUUCUGAUGAUGGUGUCCCCUUUGCACAGUGGAAGUGCUGGUCGUGGAUUCGCCAGACUUAGAAUCAGGAUGAAUGGCUGUAAUGGUAUAGAACGAUGUGAAGUAUGUCAGGACUUAGUAGUCGAAUAAAGAGCGCACGUUUUUUAAAGAGAUUUACGAAAUACGAUUACACAAUGACUUAUUAUCCAUCUGCGCCGUAUGCAGAUUACACCGGUGUUACACUAGCGUAUCGUGCCAAAACAAUGACACUUACAUUAAAAAAAAAACUCUAAACAGUGCAACAAUUUAAUUGAUAAGGCAUGUUGUACCGUGAUCAGCUGGUUCUAUACCCGACACGCAGCCGCUCACAUCCGCCGUCCCUUCUCGCUUUGUUACUUUAUCACACAGCCUUCUGGGGUGACCAGUGGCCGUCUUCUUACGUGGCUGAUGUAAUGCCACAUCACCUAGGACGCUACGCAGGGCAGUCCUUGUCCCCCAGUUCAUCUACCCUCUCUCUCACACACACAAUCCACUGGGAACAUAUUGUCCAACAGUGCGUAAUCUUAGGUAUUACUCAUUGAGUACCCCUAAAAACAUAAACUUUAUAAAGUUUAAAGUUUACGUUUUCGGGGUGAAUAUUAAACUUUUAUGACAGCCCCUCGUGACAUCACUACAUGCCAGUGUCCACAGCACAAUCGAAUAGUUUGGCUUCACACGCGUGCAUUACUAAAAGACUGUUUACACAAAGUGAGGCAUCUUCGCUUCCGGUUAUUUGAUUUACAGUUUGAUGGCGUACUGGGGACUAGUGCGUAGGUUUCUUCUUCAUCUCUGUUCCUGUAGCUAGACUGAGGAGUAAAGCGGGAAAAAAACGUCGGUACUUGAUGUAGAAGAGUCAAAGUGGGUGAAGCGUGCUGUUUUACAUGCUGUAAUCUCAAUUCAUCGUUCUACCCCUUGCAUUUUAACUGUAAAUUUUUCACGCUCUAACUACUAGCUAGUCAGUCAUCGUUAAACGAUACCGUAAGUAAUAAUACAAACUGUGCUCCAAAAAAAUUUUCUGAAUGAAAACCGGUCGCUCAAUUUUUCUCAUCUUAUUGCGUUGAUUGUGUCUGUCCUUCAUAAAGCCAUGUAGAAGCAUGUAAAACAGAAGAAACAAUUCGGAUGGGAAUGACACAGUUCUCACCGACCUGUUCAUCAAUAUCAAGUGACACAACGUGGUUGAGAUGUGGGAAGGAUCAAGGUCCGGUCACAUCUGAAAAUAUGUCAUGGGCGAAAGUGCACCUAUUUACAAUGAAAAUACAUAUUAGCAGACCUGUAGCUAACAUUGCUGUACAAAAAGUUAAAGAGCAUAGUUUUGGGUUUUCGUUGCUGUUUCCAUCAAUUUCAACACUCAAAGAAAGGAACAGGACGUUAUAACAGAAGAGAGUAAAUAAUUUAGCGGAUGUAUCAUGAAGCAAUAAUCUUUCUUUGCUUUGUAAUGUUGAAGCUCUAGCAUACUGUUGGACAGACGUGUAAGUUAACUGGCACUAUACUUGGUUGCAAGUUUCGCAGCGCUUGUUUAUUUUAGCCAGUACUGAUAGAUACUCUUAAUUAGGACCAAAAUACUGAAAGUAAUUCAUAUACGUAGAAGCAUCACGACAAUAUUUCGAUGGGGUGGUUGGUGUGUCUGCGUCACAUGGAGAAGAAAAAUAUGCGGCUAACAUAAAAUGAACAAUCUACGUUAAUUAAAAGAUUGUAAGUAUGAAGAAGAACAUGCCCACAGGGAUUGCCAAGAACCGAUACUGCUGUUACAUACUGUUAUUCCAGGCGAAAUAAAGGAAGGAAGGAAUAAUGCUCUUUAAUGUCUCUUGUUCGUCAGCCUGAUAACAAUAUACAGCUUCAAGCCCGUAUGACUUAUGUAGCUGCACGAGCCUUCCAGACUAUGGCAACUGAAGGUGAUCUCACUGAAAUAAUUGCCAUCAGUAACGACUGAUUCAAGAUUACUGACCCCCUGAGAUGGAUUAGAGUAGGAAACUAUUCAUUUGCUGCCACAGUUGUCAAUAAGUGGCGGUAAAUAUGACUGUAAAAAUCAUUUACGACAGUUAUGAUAUGAUUUAAAAGGCGUAUGAAUAUUUCGUGAGCACUAUACCCACACGAUCGUGACAUAAUUAUUUGUGGAAUAUAAUGUGUGAACAUAGUUGCUAAGACAGUACAAGGUAAACAAUAUACGGAGUGGACGAAGAUGCUAAAAAGCAAAUAAUGCAAUGAGUGGACGAAGUUUCUAAGACAAUGCGAACUUAAUCCAAUUCACAAUAGUUGAGAUACUCAUUUUCAUAUUCAUAUUUCUAUAUUUUUGAGAGGCGUCGAAUUAUAAAAUGAAAUACAUUCGACUUUUAAUUAACUUUUGACGAAGGAGACACAUGUUAGAUGAAAAAACUAUACUUAAGGUAAUCAUUCCUACUGUUGGACAAUAAUGAGAUAUACAUCAGUUCUGGUCAGGAAACAAUUAUUUUAGAUAAAAUUUUAGUGACUGUAAGUAUCAGAUCUCAGCCACUGUCUCCAUCGUCUCGUUUACAAGCACGCAACUCAUUGUUAGACAUUUAUUUAUUAUGUACUGUGAUUAGCUGCAACACUAGGUCACACAGACAGUAUCGAAUAUCCAUUUGAUACGAUAAAAUAACACUGAAUAGAAAUAUUAGUCAAGUGAAUCGAAAGUCUUCCGUGCUAAAACUAGCGUGUUUGUAUGCCAAAAUCUGCUAGCUUUUCAACGAGUUCCCGUUCCCAAUAAUUUAUU